GGACGCGAUGUGUCGCCUUCAGGAAGUUGUGGUCUACUGUCAGAAGGAAGACGCCCGUACCGUAGUAAGAGCGGAGUCAUGGCUGUAAAAACAAACAAGUCCUGGUUCAUCAUCUUCGUUUUGUUCUUCAUACUUAUGUAAGUAAAUCUACGGAGAAAAUACAAUUUAAGUUUAUGAUCUAUGACGUUGUUGUCACGUGUUUGACAGAUAUUAAGUCUGUUUUAUACGUUUUACACGCAUUUCAGCGCUUCGUUGAGGUUCCGGUGGAUUUUAACAAUAACACAAGAUAACGUCAAAUGUAUGAGUAAAAGUUUCUGUGAGUUUAAGUCAAAGUUAAGUAGCUUAUCCAUACGCUAACAUAUUUGAGGUAAAGUUAAAGGAAGGUGGGGCUCGGGCUGGGGUACAAACCUGUGGGGGUACGGGAUUUCCCAUAACACUCGAGUUCAUAUUUUAGUCUGAAAUUCACACGUCAAGAGCAAAUAAAACCACGUUUGACAAUUUGUAACACUUACUUGACACCAUUUUACCCCUUGAGGUCACGCCACAGGGCGACUGCACUUUCACUUUCGUUUUUACUGCCACUUUCAGGUCCAUCUCUUUCGCCAGGAGUCAGUGCGUGGAUGGGACGUACAAGCACGCAGGGAGGGACUGCUGUCGGUGUGGGGCUGGUAUGUACCUCUGAUAUCAUUUCGUGAGCUUGAAUGACAACAAAACAUUGAUAUACAAGUUAAAAUGUAGGGGAGACUUGUCACACUUUUUACACUCUUAUAUAUCACUUUGAAUCAAUACAUCAUAUGUAAACAUUAUGUGUACUAGAUCAAAGACCAAAGUCUCAGGUAUAUAUUUUAUAUUUAUGUCAUUUUCAUAUCUUGUGUCAGUUCAGAGUCAUAAGCAAUCAAAUAGAGAGUGUGAACAUGUGACAUGUUGCCCCACCAUCAGGUAAGUUGUCUCACUACAUGGGGUAAGACGUCACAGUGGAUUUUGCAGCUAAUAAAUCAAGGAAAAAAUUAUUGUUGUAAUUUUUUUUUACAUUAAAGUGGGGAUCAAAGUCAGGCACAGGAAAUGUUUAUGUUUUAAUCAUUACACAUAGCCAUUCAACAAAUGUUAACAUAAAAGAUUAUACAACAUGCUCUGGAGUUUGGAGAUCUGUCUGACUCUGUAUUUCGGCUGGGGUGAAUGUUUUGCAAUACUGAGCCAAGGUAUGGUAGUUGACAUUAAAGUCCUUUAUUGUAGUCCAGAUUGAUUUAUUAGCGAGGGUCACCUGCCUGACUGCCCUCAGCAUCACGUCAGGUACUGCACUGACAUGUUCCUUUUUUCUUUUGUAAUUCCUGACCAUGUUUUCUCACUUUCUCCUCUCACUUUUUUCCGUAAAAAUAAAUUCAAAAUAUCAAUAUGACAACUGCUAAUAAGCAGACUCUCUGUUUAUUUUAACCCCUUUUAAACAUGACAACUAACCCCAAAAUGACUGAGACAUGUUGCCCCAAACUACCAUGUUUGCCCAUUCUAGCUCUAGCUUAAAUUUAGUUUAAAACAGAACAAUGACUGAGGUAUGACAGGAUGCCUUAAUCUCUCCUCUGACAAGUCCACAUAUUUCACUGCUUUUUAGUUGCGCCCUCUGGUGGCAAAGAUAAUUGCAAUGUGACAACUUACCCAUGUGACAACAAGCUCUGGUCUCCCCUAACCCUCUCUUAUUGAAGUGGAGAGUUAAAAUAAUCAUCAAAAUGUUUUAAGAAUUUAAGAAUGCUACAAAGAUCAUUAACUCAAAUGAUUAUUUUGAUUGGUUUAUGUCAACAGUUUGUAUUUUAUUUGCAUCAAUGAACCAAUAAUUUAUUUGCAUCAUUGGUUCAUUACACAUGUUUUGUGUCUCCAUGCUGUAGGUUCUAAGGUGGUGGAGCACUGUACUGAGAAUCUAAAACAUGGAAAGUGUGAGCCCUGUGAGGAUGGGAGGUUCAACAGUCAUCCAACUGGUGAAACCAAGUGUGAAGACUGCACUUUCUGCACACACCCCAAUGGUAAAAGACCCCUGUUAUACUAAAAUAUUCCUUAUAUUCCAGGUACAGCCAAAAUCAAAACAUUGGUGGGAAAUUUAAAAAAGUAGCGUACGGUUCAAUUUUUGUUUUUACACUCAACAUUUGUCUCUGAAAGAAUCAAAUUGUAUUUAAAUUCUGCUUUUACAAAAGUUCAAUGGUAAAGUUUGGUUCAACCUCCUUUUAUGGAGUUCCUUAACAAAAUAACAAGUGACUAAUUUAAAAAGAAAACACAAUUACUGUUAUAAGAUUGUAUAGAAAAUAGUAGAUAGUGAAAAAUGUUUGAUGAUGCUAUUCCCUUCAUCCGUCACAGUGGAAAUAUUUCUAAAAUUAAACAUCAUACAAAUUUACAUGGGUGCAGACAUUUUUCUCAUAGAGUAAAUCAGGAAAUAUUAAACACCAGUUCAAGAUUCAGUGAAAUCAGCUCCUCCUAUCACAGUGUUUGCUUUUGCCAUCCUUUAGAAAAUCUGGAGGUAGAUGAACCCUGCACCGCUGCCAGGGACGCUAAGUGUCGCUGUCAACCAGAUCACUACUGUGUCAGUGGCACAGAAUCCUGUCUCCUCUGCCACCCUUGUAAAAAGUAAGUUCUGCCCGAGUGAAUAUCUAAUACCUUGAAGACAACUUUAUACAUUUGUUUGAAAAGACAAAAGAUAGUCAGAAAACAUCGCAAAUGUACAGAUUUAUCCUCACAGACCUUCAGAUGAUUAUAGAAAUGUUAGAGAUGCAAAUUUGUUCUCUCAUUUUUCCUUCCUUUCUUGUUUAUUGUGUUCAAGGUGUGGUGCUGAGGGCAUCAAAUGGAAAUGUGCCGGUAACAAUAACACAGUCUGCAAUGAAAUUAAAGGUAGGCUUUGGUAAUUGUAAUCACGUAUGUCGUUUCUUAACACAGAUGCCAUAAUUUUGGUCAUCAUAUCUUCUUACAUCCUUAAUUUUGCAUUUCAGAUAAGAGUCAAGGUGGGGUGAUAGCCGGAAUAAUUUUUGCAGUCAUUUUUGUGAUUGCUGUGUGCGCAGGGAUUGCUUGGUUUCUUUGGAAGAAACGUGAGUAUUCCCACUACUCUACAGUCCCACCAGGGUUUAGGGGGAUUUCCUGUAAUUGUUUCAGUCUCAAUGCCUGAUUUCACAGGAAUUGCAAAAGAUAUUAAAGCCACAGGUGUACAAUUCCCUCUAAUGUUUAUGAAACAUUACAGCACUAAGGGGAAUCACUGUUUUAUAUCAUCUAUAUCAGUUAAAUUCAGUGAUAUUAACAUGGAAACAGGUUGAUUGGUUUAAAUUGCGUGGACUGGCGAGUAUUUUAUGGUGUGAAUAUGAGACGCUUUUUCUGAUGAUGGCAAUCAAGUACGUGAAGAUUGGAAAAUUAUCUAAUGGUUUAUCACACAUGACUGGGAUGACUGAUCAUGGCCAGGUCAUUCAUAAGCAGAAACCUGACAUGGUAUAAAGAUGACGAGAAAUGUUGUGUGUCUGUGCACAGAGUAUCUGACAAUUCCUAAAGUAUGAAAAAACAAAGCAGUAUGACGUGAUGUAAAAAACUCUUAGGGGACCAGCAGAUGGCACUGAAACCUCAUGCUGACCUCCGAGAAAUAGCAAAGUUCAUCAGCUGUAUUAUGUGUCUGUUAACUUUCAAUUUAUCCGCUAUGCGUCAGGCCAACCGAGCACUGGUGAGCCGGGGAAUGGAAAUGGAGAAGAUGAGGUGAGUUAUUUUCUUUUAGUCAUUUUGUAACUCUUGUUUUAACAUAUGGCCUUUGUCUUGUAUUUUUUCUAAGCCUAUCAAACCUGUUUUGUCACACUCAUAUCUACUCAGUAGUGCUAGUAUGAUAAACAUAUUUCUAUCUCUGCUCUAAUAAAGCCGCUCAUCUCUAAGGGAGCUAAAGGUUAGUUGUCUAAAGCUGUUGAUGUUGUAAAGGUGUGUGUUAUUGUAAGUAGUUUAGUGGUGUGACAUACUCUAUGUGCACAUUGUGUUAGAAGUCUUUACUCUUUGUCUUUAUUAGAAAAAAUUUUAAACAUUUAUUCUACUUCUGCCUUUCAGGAGUUGCAGCGUCUCAAAGGUAAGAAAGCAUGCUCUUUUUUUCUAUACUGUGAAUUGAUUGAAUCAUGGACCAGUAUUUCAUUUACAUCAUCUCUCUCGCUGAAUUCAUGUUUUCCGCCCACUACUGUACUGUGUUUAGGUUAAGGUCAGUAAUGAACUGGUGAGGGGUCAGUCAUCUGUCAGUCUGAAGUCGCUGUAGCAGUUUGAGAACAUAAUUCAUCAAUGUAUCUACCCUUGACUGCAACUAUAUUGAAUACCUUUUCUUCAUUUCCACCCCUUGAGGGAUGUAAAGCUGAAAAAAUUGCCCAAAUUGUUCGUAGAGGAUGCUGCAGGAACCCACAAAGCCAACAAAGUUGUCAAUCAGUCAUCUUUAAAAAAUAAUACAAAAAUAUACACUCAUAAUGAGACAGAAACCAUGUAGAAAAAAACAUUUCAUAUAUAUAUAACUCAUAGUCUGACCCAUGUGACCCAUACUGCAGCCAGUCAGUAGAUGGAGCUCUUAACCUUUUGACCUCAGAGUCAGUGAACACUUAUGGUGUCCACUUUAACAAACAGUGGGGUCAAGUGAGAUGCCAUUGACAAAAAUCUGAGUUAGAGACAGCUCUCCUUACCUACUGUGAGUAAAACUUGCUCCUUCACUUUUAACAUAACUAUCUUCACUUUGUCAUCACAUAGGCCUACAAUUAAAAAAAAGCCCCUUUAAGGUUCAAAAAAGUUGUGAUUUGUUCCGUGUGAUUUUGAUUUUGAAGUCACUCUUUUUUCCUGUCUCUUUAAUUUCAGGUGUGGAUAUCCAGCGCCUCAUCCCUGCCCUUGCUUUGGAAAUUGGAUGGAAAGAUAUGAAGAGAGUAGCGAUGCGCAGCGGGGUACCAGAUGCAAGGAUUGACGCUUGUAAACAGGAUAAUCUGGGUGACACUGAAGAGCAGACACUUCAACUGCUGAAGGUCUGGGUGGAACAUGUGGGCGCUAAGGCCCCAGAGAGGCUGGUAGAAAUCCUUAGACAAAGUGGCAAAAAGGCCAAAGCAGAAAAAGUGACUAAGAUUUUGAAGACUAGUUCAAAAACCUGCCUGAAUGUGUUUGUUUCUUGACCUUAUAUGAAAGGGUGAGGUCAAACACUCAUGAUGAGUUAUUGCUGAGAAUUUUCCUUUAUGAGUAAGAUCAUGCAAAUACUUGCACACAUGUUGCUCAGCAAAGUUGUCAAACUAUAGUCUCUUUUAAUGAUUUGACACAGAGGGAUACCAUGUUUGUUCCCACUGCGCAAUGCGACGUCAAAAUGACAUCUAUUGAACGUAUUUUUUCAACGUCAAAAUCAGGUCAUCUGAAAGUGCAUAUGGACGUCCUGUUCUGUUUAUUAUUGUUUCAUAGCUUGUCAUUUUGGUGUCUGGUUCUUUUUCCUUUUUCCUUGCAAAUGGGUUAGAGCAUGUAGGUCAAAGGGCUGACCUGGAUCUCUUUGUCUGACUUUGAUAGCCUCUUUCUAAUUUUCUUGGGCUUUGUUCUCCUGCAAUUUCCACCGUUGAGAUGGCCUUUAAAGUGUGUGUCUGUUGGAUGGUGGACAUCAAAGCUCAGAAUCUGCAACAUUUUGACAUUCCCCAUAAAGACAGACAUCACCUUUUGUGCAUGCUGUAUCAUGUUUCAUUUAAUAGUGACGUCUAAAUCUUGAAUCCAUUUUGCACGUUGUGCCGAUGUCUAGAUUUGGUCUUCAGAUGACGUCCAAAUUCUGAACCCCAGAGUGACAAUAUGGUCCAAUAUGGGUCCAAUAUGGACGUCGAAAUUUCUAACCUAUUUUGCACGUCGCACUGACGUCUAGAAGUGGUCUUUGACGAACCGACCCAAUACUGACGUGAUCUGCACGUCUCUUCGACAUCCGAUGUUUGGUGGGUUAUCGGUGUGAGAUAUAGAAACAAAAAACUGAGAUUUUCUUUUUGAUUGAUUGAUUGUAUAAAUAUUUAUCUUUAUACAAGUAAAAAGAAAAACACUUAAACUCCAGGAUGUGUUGCACAAUUUUAAAAUGAUAAAUCUGAGAAUAUCUUGAAUCUGUUUUUCCUGAAUAAUUUUGCCAUGCAAUCCUGUUCCCUCACUGUGUAAGCUGUGUUUUGAAACUCCCUGGUGUUAUGUUUAACUUAAGUACAUGCAGAACUAUGAAUACUGAGAUUUUAAGAUGAAUUUUAUGAUGGCUUUUGUCUUAAACACUGUGAUCUUACAUGGUGCUGCAGAGGAAAAAGUUAAAUCUGUGACAUCUCUAUUUAUCUAGUUGAAGGAAAAAAAAAAUUGUCAGUAUUUUUUAGGGAUUUUAAAUUUUGCUUUCAGCGUGCACUGAACCGUUUAUUGUGUAUUGAUAUACUGGUGUGCAUCAAGAUGUAUCAGUGCAAAUUUUAUGCUUCAUGCGGAUCAUGUGACGCUUGCAUCAGCCUGUGUAAUGUGUGUUAUAUCUGAAUAAAAGUCACUUAUUUUCUGAGUUCAGCAUUUGAAGCUGUAAUUUAUUAUUAUUAUUUUUUGUAAUUUUAGCUUCUCAAAAUGCGCCUUUAUGUUUUUCAUUUGCAACCUUACUCUGAAGGUGUCAUGUGGAAAGAGUUUUAUGGCACUAUGAUCGUUUUAAAAUUAGAUAACCUAAGACUUUUUUUCUUCACUCAGAAAAGUGUAUCCAGCCACUGUACUUACUCUCCAUAUAUGACAAUCAAAAGACGGCAGAAAAAGGACCAGUUUGUGCCCCUAAACUGGCUUUCAUAGGACUUGUUUAGAAGCACAUUAAAAUAAACCAGAAUCCUGCAAACAAACAGGAAGGAAGACCA